CUUUAGUUUAGUGCACGUCCCUCUGCUGUUGUUCCGGAUUCGAGCAGCAGACACAAGAUUCAGCCAUGGAUCUUGUGCUGAAUGUGGCCGACCACUACGUCCUCACGCCGUACGUGUACCCGGCGUCGUGGUCUGAGGACGGCGCCCUGCGGCAGAUCGUGAGCCUGCUGGUGCUGACCAACCUCGGGGCCGCCGUCCUGUACCUGGGCCUCGGAGCCAUCAGCUACUUCUUCAUCUUCGACCACACGCUGAUGAAGCACCCGCAGUUCUUACAGAAUCAGGUGCGGAGGGAGAUCAAAUAUGCGAUGACCUCUCUUCCCGUCAUCAGUCUUCCCACCGUGGCCUUGUUUUUCGCUGAAGUCCGAGGAUACAGCAAACUGUACGAUAGCGUUCACGAUUCUCCGCUGGGUUGGACCGGACUCUUCCUCAGUAUGAUCUCCUUCCUGUUGUUCACCGACGGCUGCAUCUACUGGAUUCAUCGCUUCCUCCAUCACAAGCUCAUUUAUAAGCUGUUUCACAAGCCUCACCACAUCUGGAAGAUCCCCUCUCCCUUCGCCAGCCACGCUUUCCACCCGGUGGACGGCUUCAUGCAGGGUCUCCCCUACCACAUCUACCCCUUCCUCUUCCCCCUGCACAAGGUGCUCUACCUGGCCCUCUACGUCUUCGUCAACAUCUGGACCAUCUCCAUCCACGACGGCGACUACCGCGUCCCCGGCGCCCUGACGGAGGUCAUCAACGGCUCGGCCCACCACACCGACCACCACCUCUUCUUCGACUACAACUACGGCCAGUACUUCACGCUGUGGGACCGGCUGGGCGGCUCCUACAGGCACCCGUCGGCGCUGAUGGGGAAGGGUCCCCACGAUCUGAUCCGCAAGCUUCAAGCAGAGGGGAAGCUGGGCGGCGACAGAGUGAAGGUGAACGGACACAAUCCCAGAGGAGUCACGCUUAAGGAGGAGUAACUGACCAGGGGAAUUUAGAAUGAGUGGCGGAAAUUAAUCACUAUUUUUGUAAAAGACGACGAAACUCAGCUGAAAAACACAUCGGGGGGAUAAUUGGAGUGAAGUUGCCAAAUGUGAAAUCUGGAAUUUGGUGGGAAAAAGGUGCCUGUAAGAUGGCCGAACCCCUGGAGUGACAUCAUCAGAGGGGAACUAUGGGACGAUGCAUUUCACCGACCGUCAUCAGUCAUGUCAACGACUGAAAUUUAAGGUUGUGAGCGUGUGACUUUUUUAUACAAGAGUUCGACACUGAGAGUAGAAGGAAGCAGGGCCGGGUCUAGGCAGGGGCAAGAGGGGGCCUGGCCCCCUCAAAUAUAUGUUGUGCCCCCUCAAACUAAAUCCCAAUUUAUAAUAAUAAUAAUAUAAUAAAGCACAAUGCCCCCUCAAGAUUUGUGGCUGCCCCCUCAUACAUGCCUGUCUAGACCCGGCCCUGGAAGGAAGCAGAAGAAGAAGAAACAACAGGAGAGAAGUUUUAUCACGAGUUAAAGUUCAGAGCUGCAGGAGCUGCUUCACAUUCCGUGACGGACACUAACCAAGUUUGACUCAUGAUUAAAGAUCGACUCUGACUUAAAGGUUGAUUGAACAAGUUGCAAUAAAGGAAAAUUCUGGUAUUUUUCAAUAAGUCUCAUCACUGUGGCUGAAUUAUGUACUGCAACAAUUCCUGAUUAAAAUGUCUAAAAGCGA